CCUUCAGAAUUAAGUUGACAUCCUCUCUGUACCACAGUAAAUGUCCGAAUAUAUUUAUUAGUAAAAUACUAGUUGAUUUUUGGCCAUUAAAGAUGCUUUAAUAUGGAUUCCUGUAGCAGGCAAGGUCUUAGACUCAACAACCUAAUUGACAGUAUGAGAGUAUGUCAUAGGGACUCCGAGAAAGUGACCACUGCAGGAGGGCAAUUAUAUUUAGUACAUCAUUUACAGCAAUUCAUAUCCUUUGUAUAAUGACAUCUUUACGCAUGAGUUUGAUGCAAACUGCCAUGAAUGAGAUCAUUUGUAUUAUUUGACAAUACUAAGCGAUGAUGUAAUUCACCAUGAAUGACAAUGCAGUUUAAUGGACAUUUGGGAGUAACAGAUACCUCCUUCUCCCCACUGGUUGGUAAAAUUGAGGCUUACUUGUAGCUUUACCAGCCAGUCAUUUAACAAUUGCAUUAUAGGUUUUAAAGAAACCUUCCAAAAAUUUAGAUCGCGUUCCAAAAAGUGCAUCUGUGCAGUUUUGAUUUUAGGAAUCUUUCCCUUUUAGGAGUCCUCCUCCUAGGAGAUGCUUACAAUAUGAGGCAUCCUCUGACAGGCGGAGGAAUGACUGUUGCUCUGAAUGACAUCAAGAUUUGGAGGUGUUUGCUGCAGACCAUUCCGGACCUGUAUGAAGACUCUGCUCUAUUGCAAGCCAAGAAGACCUUUUACUGGACAAGAAAGAAGUCUCAUUCCUUUGUUGUGAAUGUUCUUGCUCAGGCGCUUUAUGAAUUAUUUUCUGCAACAGAUGAUUCUCUGCACAAGCUAAAGAGAGCCUGCUUUCUUUAUUUCAAGCUUGGGGGCAAGUGUGUAUCUGGUCCAGUUGGAUUGGUUUCCAUUUUGUCACCGAAGCCCUUUGUCCUGAUUGGCCACUUCUUUGCCGUUGCCCUCUAUGCCACUUACUUCUGCUUCAAGUCGGAAUCUUGGAUCACCAAGCCCCGGGCCGUUUUCAGCAGCCUCGCGGUGAUGUACCGGGCUUGCUCUGUCAUAUUUCCACUUAUAUAUUCUGAAAUGAAAUACCUCAUCUACUGAAUACAAAGAGGCAGAGAGACAGGAAGAGGAACCGCUUGGAUUUCUUCACGUCUUCCAGAUGUGUCUUGUCUCUUAAGUCAAAAUGACAACAGCAGCAACAGAGCGGUUCUGCUUGGUAUGCGCUGUUGGCACGAGAUCUUGCAGUGGUGAUUUGAGGUUUAUAAGCACAUAGAUAAUCUUGUCAAACAAGAGUAGAUAAAAAAGCAUUCUAAACUAUGGGAGGGGGGGGUCACAAAAGUUACUUCUGAAAAUAAUUGUCUAGCAUAUUGGGGGGGAGGUUUGGCAGACUGUCAAGCUCUUCCCUUUCCUUGUCCCUCUGAUUUUUGAGGCCAGGACUUAAAAUAUUAAAUAAUGAUAUCUCUGGAGCUACUGCUUUGGACUAUGGGCAUAUGUCCAGAGAUCACAGCUUAGAAAUCCCCCAAACUCAGCACAUUUGUUUUCUAGUCAUAUCGACUUUGCCUUAUUUCCACCUCCAUGUGCUGGCUGACCAGCUCCUCUUCCCUCUGUUUCCCUCUACUUUUCUUGGGAAAGAAACAGGAGUUUGUCCAGCCUCUUAAUAGUGUCUUACAACAAUGGCAAUCACAUGUCUGUAUGAAAUUCAAGUUAUGGGUCAUCCUGCCAGGAGAUGACAUACCUAAAAUUCAUGAUGUUGCUCAUGUUAGGAUGGUAAACCAGACAUGGGCUAUACUGUACUGCCUGAGGCUGCAGGUAGAAACUGGCUUAUCUAAAUGACCUUUCAUACCAAAUUCACUUUGUAGAGAAAUCUGAAAAACUAUUUUCCCUUGCAUCUUGUUUUUUAAAAAAUAUAGGGAUUUAUUUAUUUAUGGAGGAAUGCUUAAUACUGUUGAGCUUUCCCUUGCAGUCUGAAAUGAUAUAGCCCAGGGCUUACCCCCUCAGGAAGAACAAGCCAAUCCUGGAAUUUAUGUAAUGACAGCAGUGAAUCUUUGAUGCCUUCAUAUUGCUGGCUUAAUUAGAACUGCCCGUUUUGAAGGGUUAGGAGUAGGGAACCUACGGUCUUCAAAAUGCUGCACUACAGCUUUCAUAAGUGAUGGCUGGGGCUGAUGGAAGUUGGAAUCCCAACAUUUCAUUAGGGCAAGGUGGAUGGGAGAGGGGAAAUUAGUGCAGAGUGAGGGGUGAUGUCUGUGGAUGGCACAGUCUCCAUUCUGUUGUGUUUCUGGGGAGAGAGUCAAGCGUCAUGAUAAACUGAAUGAUUUAGCUAUUAGGUAUACUGAGAUAAAUGGGGUAUGUGUCUGUGUUCUCACACACACACACACACACACUUGUGUAUGUUACCUUGUACAAAUAAAGUUUCUAAAAGAUACUUGCAACAAACACUUUCAGCUAUUAUAACAGAGAUCGCUAAAAUGCCAGUUCUGGCAAUAUAAAUGGCCCUGCCCUGUUAUGUUAAUAAAAUAAAUGAAACUAAGAAGGGCAGUUCAAUCAAUUUAAUAAAGCAUCUGCAGCUCUUACAUGUGUAUUUCUUCACUGAUAUUUUCUGGUGUUAAGCUUUUCUGUCAAGUAAAAUGUAAACAUAUAUUCAAUAAACAUACUUUGUUUUUGUUUAAGUUCUGGUAAAUAUUCUAGGGAUCUUUUCCUUUUUAAAAUUAUCUUCCAUUCGUUUGCAGAAGGAAGGGGAACCGUCUUCUGACAGGUCCAAAAGCAUUCUUGGGGGUGGGUGGCUAUAAGAGGUUUGCUUGGUUUUUAAGUGGGUGUCAGGAGUAAGCAGCACCAAGAAAAAAAAA